AUGGAAUUGCCAACAGAAAGAAGAAAGAAAAGCUCUGCUGUUGAGGAAAUUGCAUUUUGCAUUCUUAAGUCAGACAUUAUGCUUGUGAAAAUAUUUGAAAGAAAGAAAACUUUUGCAAUGUAUGCUAAUCUAAACAGACAUGAACUCUUAGUUCAUAAAUCAGUUACUGAAAACCCAGAUAACCUGUUGAUUUUCCCAUAA